AACCUGCGAUUUCGACGUUCCUGUUUUGCCCCACCUGACCACCACGUUCACUACUUAUUCUCAAACGGAUAUAACGUCAGUUCUAUCCGGUAUCUCGUGUGAAACAUAGCGGCUGUACAACCGGCAUUUCACUAUCAAGGAAUUUUCUUCAGCGAGUUUUUUAAGAAUAAAGAAUGUCGGACGCAAACAAGCCCGUGACAAACUCCGAGAGUGGACCUCGCCUCGAGGUGAUCGAUCGGGUGAAGAAUAUCCCGGUCGUCCAUUCGGCUAUUGAGAAGACGGGUUCCACGUAUUCCUAUGUUAAGGAUUCCCAUCACUUGGCCAAUUGGGCGCUAAGCUACGCCGAAGCGGGGUUGCAUUAUGCUACUGCCACUGCGACGCCACUCGCAGCCCCCUUCGCGAAGAAAUUCGAGGGGCAGAUUAGCGCCGUUGACCAGAAGCUAUGCCAAGGGCUAGACAUCGUCGAACAAAAGGUCCCGAUCGUCAAGCAGCCGCCGCAGCAGAUAUACGAUGCCGCUAAAGCAGUUAUGAGCAGCUCUUUGCAGCCGACCAUCGACAAACUCAACGCAGGGAGGCAAUCAGUUUCGCAACAGAUAGGUAACUUGAAGGAGGUUGCUGUAGUUAAGGCGAACGAGCUCUUGAACACACCAUGCGGUAACAAGGCUGUGGAAGGUGUUGACAAUACCAGCGUGCUCGUCAAUCGUUUAUUGGAUCGUUAUUUUCCUCCUGCAGAGGGAGAGGAAAGCGAUGAACUAAAUCCAGUCUCGGCAGAUGAGAACAAGGUGCUUCACGCAGUGCAAACAAUCGGUCAUUUGUCGAAGAAAACCGCUAAUCGCGUAUAUCAUUCGGUUGCUGCGCAACUGAAAACAGUAAAGAAAGAAGACGUGGGCGCGUACAUAUCUAGCGUCGUGUCUAUCCUCCAUCUGACGCACUUCUUGAACAAUGAACAGAAGCUGGAGGAUGAGAAACAGUCGAACGACAAAACGGAUAAUAAGGAGACGGAAAAGAAAUAAGCCUAGAAUUUGAAAGUACUUUGUACGUCUAUCCCACUAUUUGACGUGCAAUGAAAUUAAUUCAUUCGUCUCUCACUCUUAAGAUUUUUUAACAUUUGUAGAAAUGUGAAAGAUGUAGGAAGUAAAAUUCCAUAGUAUGUACUUUAUUCAUGCAAAUUUUAUAUAUAUAUAUAUAUAUAUAUAUAUAUAUAUUAGUUAUAUUUAUUAAGAAGUUUAUUAGUACUAUUUUAAUAAGAGAAUGUUGUUACAAAUAUAAAAUACGCAAACAAUGAAAAAAUCUUCAUAGAACAUACUUGGAUAUUAAAACUUUGUAUCAAGCGAAUUUCUAUCGACUUUCUAUCGACUUUCAGAUACUAGUGUUCCUAUAAGUGUUGUAAUGUUUCUAUAGAUGUUUUAUUUAUAUUAACAGUAAAUUAAAUUUAAAUUUACAUUAAUUAAAACUUUAAUGCAAAUAUAAAUUUUUAAAUUCUCUAAUUCAUUAUCGUGAUGCGUAUUAAAACAGAAUAUAUGCGUUUACCGAUAUUUUUUCCGAUAUAUUUUCACUUGAAAAUUUAUAUUGAAGUUAGUUGAGAAAUCUCACAUGUUCUGUGCCUAUAAGAAACGGAUAAAAUCUCUUCUCAAAGAUAAAUUUAGUCAUUAGUUGGAUAAUGUACAAAUAUUUUUAAGCACUACGAAGCAUAUCAUUUCGAAGGACUGCUAUAAACAUGUAAAAGAUAUAAACGUGUGUGUGUGUAUGUGUAUAUACACAUACACACACACUCACACACACACACACACACAUAUAUAUAUAUAUAUAUAUAUAUAUAUAUAUAUAUAUAUACACAUAUAUACACAUAUUGUAAAGUAUUCUGAUAUAACACUCUCUAUAUACAUGAAAUAUAAUUUUGGCGAAAACGACGCUUGUCGUUCAUACUCUCUUCAUCUUGAUCAACUUGAAAAAUAAGAAAUACAAAGAUCAGUUGUAAAGGAUUACAAUAAUUCUUGUUAGAGAAGUGAGGAGAUGGUCCUUACGUAAUCACUCUAUAUAUUUCAAAAUAUAAAUUUUAAUUCGGA